AUGGCAGAAUUAAGAAAUUUGCUCAUCUCGCAAGUUGAAACAAUCGACUCGAUAAAGCGAGUUCUCGUUAACUUCAAGAAAUUAGCGAAAGCUAAUGUUACAUUAGCAAAGACGCAGGGGCGUCUUGCAACGCUGGAAACGCUUUGGACUUCCUGUCGAGGGCUACACGUCAAGCUGCUGCAAGCCACAACUUCGGAGGAGCAGAAGACUGUCUCGUAUUUCCUGAAUGGAGACUUCCUGAGCGCCGAGGAGAUCUACCACGACACGGCCGACCUCCUUCGCGAUACGAUAAGUCGAUUCUCAAUUAAUCAAUCUCCGUUGUUAGAACACAGUACUGAUUCUUCAAUUCGCGAGGGCAUUCAUAAUCACAAUUUUCAGUUGCCACGGAUCUCACUUCCGAAGUUUUCGGGCAAGUUCUCCGAAUGGGAGAGUUUUAAAAAUACUUUCGAGUCUCUUGUCGCGAGUAAUGAUUCUCUCUCGAACACGCAGAAAUUUCAUUACCUCAAAACGAGCGUCAUCAGUGACGCUGCCUCGAUUAUUAGUAAUUUAAAGAUUUCCGACGCUAAUUAUGAGUCCGUCUGGCAGUUGUUGAUUGACGAGUAUGAUGAUCAACUUACGUUGAUCCAUACUCACAUUCACGCCUUCAUGUGCCUACCGACAAUGAAGGCGGAAAACGUCGCGGAAAUGCGAAAGUUGAGAGAUACCGUGUCCGCAUCUCUAGCGGCUCUCACUAAUCUAAAGCGGCCGGGCCUUUCACUAGCAUAUCCGGAUCCAUCUAGUCGACAUCAGAUUCACAUGCUGAUCGGCGCGGACGUGUACGGUUCGCUCUUAUUGCGCGACCUGAGACAGGGCCCCUAUGGAGCGCCCACUGCCCAAUCGACCUCGUUCGGUUGGAUAAUCUCUGGACCGACCGGAAGUAAAGAAACUACUUCACAAGAAGUAACUGUUUUGAAUUGCGUAUCCGCGCUGGAUGUGGACUCUCUCCUCCAGAAAUUCUGGGAGGACAAAGAGAUUCCCACGCCAACUUCCCUCACGGAGGAGGAAGAAAAAUGCGAAUCUCAUUUUGCUCAAACGCACAGUCGUGAUCCUGACGGUCGUUAUGUCGUGAGAUUACUUUUCAAAAAUGCUUUGCCGAUCGAUAUCGGGGAAUCUCUCUCCAUAGCGCGUACAUUGUACGGUCGUCUGGAAAAUAAAUUGAAUUCAAAAUCCGAUCUCUGUUCGCUAUACAGAGACUUUCUUACAGAAUACGAGGCCCUUGGACAUAUGACUCGCGUUGGCGAGUCCGAACCCACUGAGAAUAUACCGAUUUAUAUUCCCCAUCAUCCAGUAAUAAGAGAGGAUAGUUGCACCACAAAGCUUCGAGUCGUAUUUAACGCGUCGUGUAAAACCCGGAAUGGCACGUCACUUAACGACCAUUUGCUCAUCGGGCCAAAGUUGCAGCAGGAUCUCCCUGCCGUCUUAUUGCUGACGUAUGGUUUAGCAUCGGCACCUUAUCUUUCGAUGCGCGUGCUUCGACAGCUCGCGCUUGAUGAAGGUGCAAAGUUUCCUGCCGCGGUACCGAUCGUCAAUGAUUCCAUUUACGUGGACGACGCAUUGUUCGGAGCAAACGAUAUCGAUUCGUUAAUAAAUACGCGAACUCAGCUCGCUGAGCUAAUGAGGCGCGGAGGUUUUUUACUUCGUAAAUGGGCUUCAAACUGUAGCGAGCUUCUUGACGAUUUAUCCAGCGAUCGAUCGGACGUUACCGAUCACCUUAUCCUAAAGGACGAAACGUUGAAAAUAUUCGGAUUAUCAUGGCUCCCUACGGAAGACUCCUUCCGCCUUACUGUGAAAUUUAAUUUUCCUACCGCGUUAACUAAGCGUUCAAUCCUGUCGUGCAUCGCGAGCUUGUAUGACCCCCUCGGAUGGGCUGCGCCGGUUGUAAUAAACGCAAAAAUCAUUCUGCAAGAGCUAUGGCUUUUACAUUGCGACUGGGAUGCUCCGCUUCCGAACGAAUUGAGUCAACGGUGGAAUGCUUUCGCUUCCGAGUUCCCGCAAUUAGAAUCCGUUAGAAUUCCUCGGUGGACGGGUCCGAGCCCUGAUAAUCUCGCGUUAGAAAUACAUGGAUUCGCCGACGCUUCAAAUCGCGCGUACGCUGCGGUCGUAUACUUGCGCGUUUUCCAUUCUCUUUCGGAAUACCGUGUUAGCUUGAUCGUUGCGAAGUCGAAGGUGGCUCCCGUCAAGACUGUUAGCAUUCCGCGGCUCGAGCUCAACGCCGUUGUUUUAUUGAGUCGACUCGUUAAGUGGGUAAUUAAGUCAUUAAAUAUUAUUCAUUGUCCGAUCCAUUGUUGGACGGACUCCACGAUCGCGUUGGCAUGGUUACGCCAACAUCCAUCGAAAUGGACUACGUACGUAGCAAACAGAGUAUCCGAGGUGCAGUGUAAUCUACCCUCGGCCAAAUGGAAUCACGUACCGUCCAAAGACAAUCCGGCCGACUGUGCAUCCAGAGGGUUGUACGCAUCCAAGUUAGUCUCACAUCCGUUAUGGUGGGCGGGCCCGCCUUGGCUUCAAUGGCCUUCAACAGCAUGGCCGCCACAUAACAUUGCUUCUCCGAUCUCCACGGAGUUAACUAAGCAAAUACACUCGGAAAGUCGAAAGUCCACUGUCCUUCACGUGGAAGGUACACCGGAAUGGGAUCUCCCUUAUAGAUACUCUUCCUGGACUAAGCUCAUUCGAGUGACAGCCUACGCUUACAGAUUUAUAUCCCGCUCCGCUAAACAAAGGAAUUUUGAAGUUAAUGUUGCGUUGUCUCUUAACGCGGACGAACUUAAACGCGCGGAAAUGUUUUGGCUCUCAUAUACGCAGAGGAAGUCGUUCGACUCCGAACUCAAAGCAUUAAAGAGAGAAGAAAACUUCCGCGAAAGAGCACACUGA